CAGUGUCGGGUAGACCGUAUUAUGACAUUCCUUGAAGGAUUCUGUUUGGGUUUAUCAGCCUAAAUCCUUGCAUUCCCUUUCACGUGAAAAAUCCCUUUAAAGCGGCCGAAUUUUUCUCUCGCGCUUGCAUUUCAUAAGUAACUUUACUGAAUGUAGAUAUUUCCUUACUUGAAGUACUCAUUCUUUCAAAUAAAAUGGCGACAUAUACAUUACCUGAGGGAUUCAGUGAUUUCGAUAUGUUUGCGUUUGGUUCGGCUCUCCUAGUCGGGGGUCUGCUUGGCUUCUUCCUCAAUUUUAUCUCAAUACUGGCUUUCCUCAGAGUUAAGGAACUGAGAAACCCCAGUAACUUCUUUGUUUUUAACUUGGCUCUGGCUGAUAUCAGUCUCAACAUCAAUGGCCUGGUUGCUGCUUACUCAAGCUUUCUUAGGUAUUGGCCUUUUGGCCCAGAGGGUUGCCAGAUACAUGGGUUCCAAGGAAUGGUUUCCAUCCUAGCAGCAAUAAGCUUCCUUGGUGCUAUUGCCUGGGACAGAUAUCACCAGUACUGUACCAGGCAGAAGUUGUUUUGGACCACUGCCGUGACCAUGAGUACAAUAAUCUGGGCCCUUGCCAUCUUCUGGGCUGCUCUUCCUCUUCCUGCCAUUGGCUGGGGAGUGUUUGACUUUGAGCCAAUGAGAACAUGUUGUACUCUGGACUAUACUAAGGGAGACAGAGACUACAUCACCUAUAUGCUGACCAUCACCCUCCUAUACCUCCUCGUCCCUGCUGUCACCAUGCAGUCUUCCUACAGUACCAUCUACGCCUACUUCAAAAAGACGCACAAAUUUAAGUUUAAUACCUCAUUGCCCAUAAAAGUCUUGUUCUUCUGCUGGGGCCCCUAUGUGGUUAUGUGCAUGUAUGCCUGCAUAGAGAAUGUAAAGCUGGUUUCACCAAAGCUCAGAAUGGUGCUACCAGUUUUGGCAAAGACGUCACCAAUCUUCCAUGCCCUGCUGUAUUCUUAUGGAAAUGAGUUUUACCGAGGAGGAAUCUGGCAGUAUCUCACUGGGCAGAAAGCUGGAGAUACAACUGACAAGAAAAAAUAGGAGACAACAUCUCAUGGCCUUUUUUGAGACAAAUAUUUCAGGUGCACUUAAAUCAUUUGAAUUUAUUGUGUGUUGGAAGAAUCUCAUUGGUGUGAGAAGGAGGUAGGGUCUAUGUUCAAUCACUGUCUUUGCUAGCUUUGACUAAAACUGCAAUUUAAUAAAUCACUGGACAUUCCAAAUUGUUCAAUUCUCAUUUUCAUUUGUGUGCCAUAAAGGAGCAAAAUGGUUGUAAGUUAUGCUGUACAUUUGAGCAAAAGUAAGUUUACUUUUACAAUCAUUUUUAUAUGAGUAUAACUCAGUUUGCUCUCAUGGUCUACCCAGAUUUGAAUCCUGUUAUAGGCAAACACACCUAACUGCAUUUUUAUACAGUAUUUAAUAAAUUACACAGAAAUUUGUAAUGAAUUGUGCCUGUGAUCCAAUAAAGUCAUGUAAGUUGUCAAAAAAA